AUGCAAGCACUACGAAAUUUAUCAAAGUUAGCACAAAGAAGACGAGCAGCACCGAACAGCAUAAGAUUAAUACAACAUGCAGUUACUGGAUUUAAUAAUGUAAAUAAUCAAUCUAGUGUCCUCGACGAGAGCAUAGACGAUGCAGAAUUCAUCGAUAAAUUCACAAAAGAAUUUAAUGAGAGAAAAAUUGAAAUCAGUGAAUUUCAAAGAGCUUUACUCGCAAUAGGAGCUUCCAUAACGGCUAUAUUGGAUCCACAUCGUCAUGACUCUAUAGCUUGUCUAGGGGAAACGACGGGAGUUGAGGCUUUAAAGAAAAUUUAUGAGAAAAUGUCUAAAUCCGAUGAAGGUAGAGAACUUUUAUGGGAAAAACCUCGCAUCAACACAAAGACUGUCUGUUUUGAUAAGCUCAAAUCUUUGCCUGUGAAUACAUUGGGAUAUAAUUAUUGGAAAUUCCUUGAGGAUAAUCAUGUAACGCCCGAUACAAGACUAGAUGUUCGUUUUAUAGAUGAUCCAAUGUUGGCAUACAUCAUGACCCGAUAUCGAGAAACUCAUGAUCUUGUACAUACAUUAUUAGAUAUGCCCACAACAAUGUUAGGGGAAGUGGCAAUAAAAUGGGUUGAGGCUACGAAUACUGGAUUACCAAUGUGCUACGGCGGAGCUGUAUUUGGGGCAAUGAGGCUUAAAACUAAACAUAGAAAACUCUAUAGUCAAUACUAUCUACCUUGGGCCAUUAAAAAUGGAAGCGAUGCAAAACACUUGAUGAAUGUUUACUGGGAAAAGAGAUGGGAUCAAGAUAUGGACGAUCUACGCAAGGAACUCAAUGUUGAGUUAUUGUCAAUUCCUGAAUAA